CCUCCGCCUCCCCAAUCCGUCCCGUCUCCUCGCCCGCCGCCCUCGACUCCCGUCUCCUCGCCUGCCGCUGGCGCCGAUCUCCAUCCUGCUAGCAGAGGUGGCGCCGGCGUCCUCCUCCUGCUCCCGCCGCAUUCGCUCACCGAGGUGGCGCCCGGCGUCCUCCUUCUAGCUUCCACCGCAUCGUCGCUCGCCGGUUAUAAAUUGAAACCAUUGAACGUACUUUGUCUUCCCGUCCCUAAAACAUUGUGAUAUAUCUAUAAUAUUUUACUAUUUUUUAUUUUAAAAAUAAUUUAGACUAAUAAUAUAGAUAUUUAAAUUAGGUAAUUAAUAAAUUCAAAUCAACUAUAGUUUAGAAUAAAAAACAAAAUGAUAUAUGCCAAGUACAAUCUAAUAACAAUAGAAUGUUAGAAACAAUAUGAAUUCAAUAUUUUUAUAAAUUUUAGGUACAAUUCAUACAUAAAACUAAAGAAAAAUAUAAAUUUAUAUAUAAUUGAGAACAUAAUAAAAUGUAAGUUAAAAUUAUUAAAGGAAAAAUAUUAUUAAUAAACAAUGAUGUUGAUCUAUUACGUAUUAUUUAUUAAGUGUCAAUAAUUGAAAUGGAUGAUUUACCAUGUGACAGAUUAAUUAUUAAAAUUAUAAAAUUAUAUUGUUUUCAUCCGUUGCAAUGCACGGGUAUUUUGCUAGUAAAAUAAAAAAAUACUAGGAUUACAAAAUAACAAAAUUACCUUUUUUUUUCUUUUGCAAAUUUAGAAUGGCAACAACCAUGCUCAAACUAACCUACUCUUAAAACCCCUAAUUAAGCCCCUUUGUCCCGAGACCCGACGCAAAGUGGAAAAGCUCUCCCGAUACUACCUCCUUUCCUUUUCCUCCGCUCGGCGCGACCCAUCUCCGAUGGCGAUUCCGGCGGAGGUGCGCCGCUACUGGCUGCCCAUCCUCCUCGCCGCCGUCGGGUUCCUCUUCCAGCUCCUCGUCCUGCCCAUCUCCUUCCCGCCCACCCACUACUACGCGCUUGGGAUCGAGAGGUUCGCGCCGGUGGAGAGGGUGGUGGAGGCCUACGAGCAGCUCUCCAAGGAGUGGCUCGCUGAGACGAAUCAGCAAACAACUGUUGAUAUUAUAAAGAUUCGUUAUGCAUAUGAGCUGUUGACAAAUCCAAUUUUGAAAAGGGAUUAUGAUCUUUUUGGUCUGGACCAUCAUAAGGAUGUCCUUGAGAAAGUCAAAGAACAGUAUCAAAAGGAACACUUUUUGAAAAUAGAUCUCCCCUUGUUAAAGGAUUCUUCAGUUCAAUCAACUGAUUACGCCUUCAACGUACUGGGCUACGAGUCAUUCAUGCAUACUAUUGCUGACGAACACCCACUGCUCAUAAUGGUGUAUUCAAAGGGUAGUCCUCGGUGUGCUCAAUUUAUUGAAAAAUGGAAGCAAAUCGGCAGCCGACUGGAUGGUGUAGCAAACACUGCUAUGGUAGAACUUGGUGAUGUGCAACUGACUGGUCAUUUUGCAGAACAAAGGUUCUCUAAACAGCCAUUUUUCCGUAAUGGUCUACCCACUCUUGUUGCAUACCCUGCAGACUGCAGAAGUCCAUCCUGUUACAUGAGGUACCCAGGUGAGCUUUUUGUGGAUUCUGUUGUUGACUGGGUGGCAACGUCAGUUGUUGGUUUACCUCGUAUCUUGUACUAUUCCAAGGAGACAUUGGGGCCUGAGUUCAUUGGGAAGAGCGGCCAUCAUAAGGUCAAGGUUAUCUUUUUCUCAAGUACCGGGGAACGUGCUGCUCCAUUCCUUCGCCAAGCUGCCCAAGAGUAUUCGACCUAUGCAUCAUUUGCAUUUGUCUUAUGGAAAGAAGAUGAAUCUCAGAUUUGGUGGAAUUCGUUAGGAGUGGAAUCAGCUCCAUCACUUGUUUUCUUGAAGGGACCAGGUGCCAAGCCCAUUGUAUACCAUGGAACUUUUACCAAGUCAGAGUUUACAAAGAUAAUGGAGGAGCAUAAGCACCAAGAACUCCCACAGCUAAGAAGCGAUACAUCUUUGGAGCUGGGUUGUGAUGCCAGAGGUUAUUCACGUGCUGGAAAUGAUAUAGCAAUUUGGUAUUGUGUAAUUGUUGCUGGUCGUCCUGGUAUAGAGCUAAGUAAAAGGAGACAGAUUUUGCGGAAGGCCCAAGACCAACUAUUUAGUGAUGUCGAUGCAAGUACUUCCGAGAAUGUGGAUAGUUCAGUUGUGGUAUCAAGUGCCGCGGCUGCCUUAAAAGAUGACAGGUUGACCUUUGUUUGGUUGGAUGGAGAAGUGCAGAAGAAACUUUGUGCCUUCUACCUUGCAACUGAUUACAGUGGAGCCUGUGGUCCUGGAGGUUUUGGAGAUGAUAAUGAUAAAUCUGAACUGUUUAUUGUUCGUUUCCAAAGAAAUGCAACAUUUGAGGCGUUGAAAGCUGAGAAAACAAAUAAUCUUAUGGAGGCUCUCCAAAGACAGCAUACCGCUGAUGCCUCCCAGCUAGUGGCAAGGUAUAAAGGCCCGGACGAAAUAGAGGAGAUAAACAAAUGGAUCUCUCAGAUUAUCAAAGAUGGAGAUACUAGGGAAAUACCUUACUUUACUUCAAAGGUACCAGAUCUUGUGCCUGAGGAAACAAGUAAGGAAUGGAUAAAAAGUACCAAAAGUAUCCGCUCAGCAGGAAACAGUGUAAAACAGAGGAUCCAGAGCAGUGGAUUUCAUUUCGGAGAUUACCUGACUGACCCAAGGAUCGGCCCAGCUUUGCUUAUGUCUGCAUGCAUUUCAAUGGGAAUAAUAUGGUACAAGAGCAACCAACGAACUCAAACUACGGAGGAUGGAGCACCUCCUAAAGACAAAACUAAGAAGCGUCGUCCUCGUCCGAAGCUUAGCACGUCACUGUUUGGCCAGCCCGAGUAUCCCGCUGACGCUGAUCCUGAACCCAAAGAUGCUCGUCAGUGGGAGAUGACUGACUCUGAUUCGGACUAGCGAGUUAAACUCUCUAUAAUCAAUCCACCAAUAGGACUAGAGAUAGGACUAGGUAAAAUGCUAAUGCCACCAAUAUCUGCAAUCUUUUUUUUUUAGAAUUCCAAUAUAUGCAAUCUGGAAAAACUUCGAGCAGUUCAUCUGUCUGUUCAUUCAUGUAUCUACCCAACUGCUUGGAAGCGGACAAGCAUGAUAUAGACCUCUCACGCAGUAAUAUACUGUAUGACUGUAUAAACGUACGUGUACUUGUCUGAUUUUGUUAAUGGUCGCCUGCCGGAACUGUGGAAAACAGCA